CCCAUUUCCCCUAAAGAUCCUAAAAAUCCUGUACACGGUUAUGUUGUUCUUCAUUGAAAAUUUCUGCACAUACCUUUUACCUAUUAGUGGUGGAAGUGUGGGCAUGUGUGUGUGCAGGCUCUUCCUCAUUGGUGGCUGAAGGUGCUUUUGUACGCAACUGCUAGAUAGCAGAGCUCAUUUCUGCUCAGCUGUACAAUGUCAGAGGUUUACUCUUGGAGCUCACAGAUGAUGGACGAUUACAUGUGGGAUGACCUCCUUCGUAACGUGUCAGAAUACCCAUGUGACAAUGAUUCUUGUGUUGACACUCCCGACGAUUGGUCUGAGGGUAUUUGUGACCUGAAAGAAGGUAUGAAGUUUGACGCGGUAUUCAUACCAAUUCUUUACUAUGUGGCAUUUAUUGUGGGUAUCCUCGGGAAUGGAGUUCUGCUGGGAGUACUGUUUCACAGCAGAAAGACCUGGAGUGUGACAGAUACCUUCAUCCUCCAUCUGGGUGUUGCAGACAUACUGUUGUUGGUGACACUGCCCUUCUGGGCAACACAGUAUGGUCAAGAUAAAGGAUGGACAUUUGGCACUCCCUUCUGCAAGAUCGUGGGAUCUGUUUUUGUGAUCAACUUCUACUGUGGGAUCUUUCUCCUGGCCUGCAUCAGUUUGGACCGCUACCUGUCAAUAGUCCAUGCCACCCAGAUGUACUCCCGCAGGAAGCCCUGGGUUGUUCAGGCCAGUUGCUUCUUGGUGUGGUUCUUCUCCCUGCUCCUCUCUGUCCCUGACUGGAUCUUUUAUGAAGCUGUGUUGGAUUCCAGACGAAAAAGAACAGAAUGUAUUCGCAACUAUUUCAUUUUAAGUGAAAUGGCUGUAUUUGUCUGGCGGAAAGCAUCACGCCUGCUUUACCACAUAGUGGGCUUUCUGCUUCCUUCAGCUGUCCUGAUCUUCUGCUACUCCUGCAUCCUGGAGAGACUGCGAUGUGGCACACAGGGCCUUCAAAAGCAAAAAGCUUUUCGGGUCAUUCUCACUGUGGUGGUGGCCUUCUUUCUCUGCUGGACACCAUACAACAUCACACUCAUGGUGGACACACUUCAUUCUGGCAAUAGCACUCUCACCUGUGGAAAGAGAUCAUCUCUGGAGAAGGCUAAAAUAGUGACUUUCACUUUGGGAUGCCUCCACUGCUGCCUCAAUCCCAUCCUGUACGCCUUUGUGGGUGUAAAGUUCCGGCGUCAGCUCAUGGACAUCCUGAGGUCUCUGGGCUGCAAUCUGAAGACAAGUGUCAAAUUCCCAUCUACUGUCAGGAGAACCUCCAUUUGGUCUGAGUCUGCCGACACCUCCCACUCUACUGCAAUCUGAAAAAGAUAGAAAUAUAAGUCUAUUAAACUGACAUAACAUGCAAAAUAUUUCUGUAUAUUUCCUGUACUGUAUAACUUGUAAUAGGUAAUGCUUUCUUUCAGUUCUCAAUAUUUCAUCAUGUAUCGGCAGCUGAACAUGACCAUGGACAUAGGACGAGGUAUUUUGACAUUCAGGCACUGACAUUUGCACUUUUCAGUAGCAAAGUUUUUCUUGUAUAGCAGAAAUAUGACAUUUAUUAUUGCUUAUUCGCAGGAAGCUUUAUAAAACUAGAGUCGACAUUACAUUUUGUGGUCUUCUUACUGUAGUGAGCCUCUGUUUUACAAUCAAGCUUUUCAUAUAUAUAUAUUUUUUAUACCACAGUUAUAUUACAUAUUGUAUUGUUGGUUUUUGUGUGGAGAGUGUUUAAAUGUAGAAUAAAGUUUUCCCCCAUAAACCAGUGUGAUUUCAAUAUUACUGUACAUCAACUUUAGAUGGUUACUUUUCAACUUUUACAUCAGUGGCACUUAUGCUAAACACCAAAAGCAUGAGAAACCUUUGGGAACAUCUAUAAAAAUGUAAGACAAUUAAGACAAAUCCAACGUUUGAUAAAGUCUUUAGACCAAAAGUGCUGUUCUCCAGAUAUCAGUUUUCAUUAGCAGCUUGUGCACAAUUUUGUACCUACAUAUGUAUGGAGACUUGCAGGCUGCUUUUGAAUGCGUUGUAAGAAAACCCAUGGAAUAUGGACCCACCCAGGACAGUGGGCCAUUAAGGAAACAUUAUUAUUAUUAUUAUUAUUAUUAUUAUCAUUAUUAUUGUUAUUAUUACAUAUGACACAAUGAAACUUCUGAGGCCAGAUUGUUUUAGAGCAUUAAGGACUGAACAGUCAAACGAGAAGCAGGAACACGUUUACUUUUUUUACAACUGGAUUGCACCUUACUCCUUUCAACAUGCCAAAAUUCAAAUGAAUGAAAAUGGUAAUUUUGUCAACAAGUGGACCCUUUCAAGAGGUAAACCAGCAGCACUCUACAUAAAAAUGCAGCUGACAAAACAAGACAGUAGUUCUCUGACAACACGAGACAUCAGUGAAACAUAUAUACAAGCCGAUCAUGCCAUUAUAUAUACAGCAGAAGGAAGAAAACCUCAUGUGCAAUAACCAUAAAUCAAUACAAACAAGCCCUACU